CCAGGUGGACCGGCUUUAAGCGCCGACACCUGCCGCCCACAGCCCCCGCCCCGGCCAACGGCAGCGCCCAGUGGCCGCGCUGGGCUGAGCAGGACCAAUCCCACGGCUUGGCCCUCCCCUCGCCCCUAGCCCUCGGGCUCUCGCGCGGUGGCACGCAGCGAAACUUCGCCGGCAAGAUGGCCAGGCUCUGAUUGCUGGGCCCCAGCCAACCGUAUCCCUCAGAGCCGCAGGCGCUGCCCCCGGGCCUCGCCCCUUCGCGCCUCCCGGACCCAUGGCGGUGGCCGAGCUGUACACGCAGUACAACAGGGUCUGGAUUCCCGAUCCUGAAGAAGUUUGGAAAUCUGCGGAAAUAGCCAAGGACUAUAGAGUUGGUGACCGAGUGCUGCACCUGCUGCUGGAGGAUGGAACGGAGCUGGAUCUUCCCGUGGAUCCAAAAGCAUUGCCUCCGCUUCGCAAUCCUGACAUCCUGGUGGGCGAGAACGACCUCACGGCCCUCAGCUAUCUGCACGAGCCCGCUGUGCUCCACAACCUUAGAAUCCGCUUCGCAGAAUCCAAACUUAUUUAUACCUACAGUGGGAUCAUCUUGGUGGCUAUGAACCCUUACAAGCAGCUGCCCAUCUAUGGAGAUGCCAUCAUCCAUGCCUACACUGGGCAGAACAUGGGCGACAUGGACCCACACAUAUUUGCUGUGGCUGAAGAGGCGUACAAGCAGAUGGCCAGAAACAACAAAAAUCAGUCGAUCAUCGUGAGCGGGGAGUCGGGUGCUGGGAAGACCGUGUCGGCUCGCUAUGCUAUGCGGUACUUUGCCACAGUCAGCAGGUCGAGCAGCGAUGCACACAUCGAGGACAAGGUCCUGGCGUCCAAUCCCAUCACUGAGGCUGUCGGGAAUGCCAAGACCACCCGCAAUGACAACAGCAGUCGCUUUGGGAAAUACACGGAAAUCAGUUUCGACAAGAGGAAUCAGAUCAUAGGAGCCAAUAUGCGGACUUACCUGCUGGAAAAAUCCAGAGUUGUCUUCCAGGCAGAAAAUGAACGGAAUUACCAUAUUUUCUAUCAGCUGUGUGCAUGUGCACAGCAGUCGGAAUUUAAACAUCUCAGACUGGCGAGUGCGGAGGAGUUUAAUUACACGAGAAUGGGAGGCAACACUGUGAUCGAGGGUGUGAAUGACAGAGCUGACAUGCUGGAGACACAGAGGACCUUCACGCUGCUGGGUUUCAAGGAGGACUUCCAGAUGGACAUCUUUAAGAUCCUGGCAGCCAUCCUACAUCUGGGCAAUGUGCAGAUUGUUGCAGUGGGCAAUGAGAGGUCUUCAGUCAGUGAGGAAGACAUCCACCUGCAGGUGUUCUGUGAGCUCCUGGGCCUGGACAGCAGCCACGUUGCUCAGUGGUUAUGCAACCGCAAGAUCGUCACAAGCUCCGAGACGGUGGUGAAACCCAUGACCAGGCCCCAGGCUGUCAAUGCCAGAGAUGCCCUGGCCAAAAAGAUCUAUGCACACCUGUUCGAAUUCAUUGUGGAGAGAAUUAACCAAGCGUUGCAGUUCUCAGGCAAGCAGCACACUUUUAUUGGUGUUUUGGACAUUUAUGGUUUUGAAACCUUUGACGUCAACAGUUUUGAACAGUUUUGCAUCAAUUAUGCUAAUGAGAAACUGCAGCAACAGUUCAACCUGCAUGUCUUUAAGCUUGAACAAGAAGAGUACAUGAAGGAAGAUAUCCCCUGGACUCUGAUAGAUUUCUAUGACAAUCAGCCAGUUAUUGACUUGAUUGAAGCCAAAAUGGGCAUUUUGGAGUUACUGGAUGAAGAAUGCUUGUUACCACAUGGGACCGAUGAAAACUGGCUUCAGAAGCUGUAUAAUAAUUUUGUCAACAAGAACUCUCUGUUUGAAAAGCCCAGAAUGUCAAACACAUCCUUUAUCAUCCAACACUUCGCCGAUAAGGUAGAGUAUAAAUGUGAAGGCUUUCUUGAGAAAAACAGAGACACCGUCUAUGACACGCUGGUUGAAAUCCUGAGAGCCAGCAAGUUUCAUCUCUGUGCCAAGUUUUUUCAAGAAGAUCCAACUCCCCCCUCCCCUUUUGGUGCAAUGAUCACAGUUAAGUCUGCAAAGCAAGUCAUCAAGGGCAACAGCAAGCAUUUCCGGACCACAGUCGGAAACAAGUUCCGCAGCUCUCUCUACUUGCUGAUGGAGACCCUCAAUGCCACGACUCCCCACUAUGUCCGCUGCAUCAAGCCAAAUGACGAGAAGCUGCCCUUUGAGUUUGAUUCCAAAAGAAUCGUGCAGCAGCUGCGAGCCUGUGGUGUCUUAGAAACGAUUCGCAUCAGUGCUCAGAGCUACCCUUCCAGGUGGACGUACAUCGAGUUCUAUAGCCGCUACGGCAUCCUCAUGACCAAGCAGGAGCUUGGCUUCAGUGACAAGAAAGAGGUGUGCAAGGUGGUCCUAAACAGGCUCAUCCAGGAUUCCAAUCAGUACCAGUUUGGUAAGACCAAAAUUUUCUUCAGAGCAGGACAAGUGGCUUAUUUAGAGAAACUGCGGCUAGAUAAACUGAGACAGAGCUGUGUGAUGAUCCAGAAACACAUCCGCGGCUGGCUCCAGAGAAAGAAGUUCCUGCGAGAACGCCAGGCAGCCCUGACAAUCCAGCAGUACUUCCGGGGCCAGCAAACUGUGAGGAAAGCAAUUACUGCCACAGCCUUAAAAGAAGCAUGGGCAGCCAUCAUCAUUCAGAAGUACUGCCGAGGGUAUCUGGUUCGCAACCUGUACCAGCUCAUCCGCGUGGCCACCAUCACCAUCCAGGCCUACACCAGGGGGUUCCUGGCGAGGAGGAGAUACCGCAAGGUGCUGGAGGAACACAAGGCUGUGAUCCUGCAGAAGUAUGCCCGGGCAUGGCUCGCCAGGCGCAGGUUCCAGAACAUCCGCCGAUUUGUGCUCAACAUUCAGCUCACGUACAGGGUCCAGCGUUUGCAGAAAAAGCUGGAAGAUCAGAACAAAGAGAACCAUGGUCUGGUGGAGAAGCUGACCAGCCUGGCCGCUCUUCGGGCCGUUGAUGUGGAAAAGAUCCAGAAGCUGGAAACAGAACUGGAGAGAGCAGUCAGCCACCAGCAGAACUCUGAGAAGAAGGGGAAGAGAUACAGGGAUGCUGUGGAAGAGAAAUUGGCCAAGCUUCAGAAGCAUAACUCAGAGCUGGAGAUGCAGAAAGAGCAGAUACAGCUGAAGCUUCAGGAGAAGACGGAAGAGUUGAAGGAGAAAAUGGACGGCCUCACCAAGCAGCUGUUUGAUGAUGUACAAAAAGAGGAACGGCAGAGAAUACUUCUUGAAAAAAGCUUUGAGCAGAAAACGCAAGGCUAUGAGAAGCAGAUUCAGUUUUUGAAAGAAGAAAUCAAAGCUCUCAAGGACGAGAAAAUGCAAUUGCAGAAUCAGGUGGAGGAAGAGCGCCUCACCAGUGACAGCUUGAAGGGGGAGGUGUCGCGACUGCACAAGCAGGCCAAGACAAUCUCUGAGUUUGAAAAGGAGAUAGAACUACUUCAGACGCAGAAGAUCGAUGUGGAAAAACACGUGCAGUCACAGAAACGGGAAAUGCGAGAAAAGAUGUCAGAAAUCACCAGACAGCUUCUGGAAAGCUAUGACAUUGAAGAUGUUAGAAGCAGGCUCUCCUUGGAAGACUUGGAGCAUUUAAAUGAGGAUGGAGAACUUUGGUUUGCUUAUGAAGGACUAAAGAAAGCCACACGUGUUUUGGAGAGCCAUUUCCAAUCCCAGAAAGAUUGCUAUGAAAAGGAAAUAGAAGCUUUGAACUUCAAAGUGGUGCAUCUAAGUCAAGAGAUCAACCACCUGCAGAAGUUAUUUAGAGAAGAGAACGACAUCAAUGAAAGCAUCCGUCACGAAGUGACCAGGCUGACAUCAGAGAACAUGAUGAUCCCAGACUUUAAGCAGCAGAUUUCGGAGCUGGAGCAACAGAAGCAAGACCUUGAAAUCCGCCUGAGCGAGCAAACUGAGAAAAUGAAAGGAAGACUGGAAGAGUUGUCCAACCAGUUGAAUCGCAGUCGAGACGAGGAAGGAACACCAAGAAGGAUCUUAGAAGCCCAAAGUGAAAUACACUCCAAAGAGAAAGAGAAGCUGCUGGGUAACAUUCAAGAAAUGCAGGAUACUGGUAAGCCCUUGAAAAAUGACUUGGAAAACGAAAGUGAAGGCUCUGGCAACAUCCAGCAGGAAGCAGCUCAUUUCACUUUGGAAACCAGGGAUCUGGAAGAAGAAUUAGACAUGAAGGACAGAAUAAUUAAAAAGCUACAAGAUCAAAUCAAGACUCUAACCAAGACAAUUGAAAAAGCCAAUGAUGUGAGCUUGUCCUCGGGGCCUAAGGAGUACCUGGGCAUGCUGGAAUACAAGAGAGAAGAUGAGACCAAACUCAUUCAAAACCUCAUUCUUGACUUGAAGCCUCGUGGUGUGGUGGUGAACAUGAUCCCCGGACUGCCAGCUCACAUCCUGCUCAUGUGCGUGCGCUACGCAGACUCGCUCAAUGAUGCCGACAUGCUCAAGUCCCUUAUGAACAGCACCAUUAAUGGCAUCAAGCAGGUGGUUAAGGAACAUCUGGAAGAUUUUGAGAUGCUGUCCUUUUGGCUCUCCAAUACUUGUCAUUUCCUCAACUGCCUGAAGCAGUACAGUGGAGAAGAGGAAUUCAUGAAGCAUAACAGUCCACAUCAGAGUAAGAAUUGCUUGAACAAUUUUGACCUUUCAGAGUACAGGCAGAUUCUGAGCGAUGUGGCUAUACGCAUUUAUCAUCAGUUCAUCACUGUCAUGGAGAAUAACAUACAGCCAAUCAUAGUGCCUGGCAUGCUGGAGUACGAGAGCCUGCAGGGCAUCUCCGGCCUGAAGCCCACAGGCUUCCGGAAGCGAUCAUCUAGCAUAGACGACACAGACGCCUACACCAUGACGUCACUGCUGCAGCAGCUAAGCUACUUCUACAGCACCAUGUGCCAGAACGGCCUGGACCCCGAGCUCGUGAGGCAGGCCGUGAAGCAGCUCUUCUACCUGAUCGGGGCCGUCACCCUCAACAGCCUCUUCCUGCGCAAGGACAUGUGUUCCUGCCGAAAAGGGAUGCAAAUAAGGUGCAACAUCAGCUACUUAGAAGAAUGGCUCAAGGAUAAGAAUUUGCAGAACAGCUUAGCCAAGGAGACUCUGGAGGCCCUGUCUCAGGCAGCCUGGCUGCUCCAGGUCAAGAAGGCCACCGACAGUGACGCCAAGGAGAUCGCUGAACGCUGCACCUCAUUGUCAGCCGUGCAGAUCAUCAAGAUCCUUAACUCCUACACACCCAUAGAUGACUUUGAGAAAAGAGUGACCCCCUCCUUUGUUCGCAAAGUCCAGGCACUCCUCAACAGCCGGGAGGAUUCCUCACAGCUGAUGCUGGACACCAAAUACCUCUUCCAAGUCACCUUUCCUUUUACCCCAUCUCCGCACGCUCUGGAAAUGAUCGAGAUCCCCAGCAGUUUAAAGCUGGGCUUUCUCAAUAGAUUGUAAUGGGAGGGACAGAAAAAUCAAUAUGCUUUUCUCUCCUGGC